UAUUAUUUAUUUUAUUUUGCAGCUUCAGGGAUUUCAAUACCAUUCUGGGAUUUUACUGGAAGUGUUAUGAUAACAAAUCAUUACAUACGACUUACUCCUGAUUUACAAAGUAGAAGAGGAGCUAUUUGGAAUAAUGUUCCAUGUAAUGUAAAAAAUUGGGAACUCCAAGUUCAUUUUAAAAUUUAUGGCAAAGGCAAGGAAUUGUAUGGAGAUGGAAUGGCUUUGUGGUACACAAAGCAACCACUUACCUCAGGACCUGUGUUUGGAAGUGUUGAUUAUUUCAAUGGACUAGGUAUAUUUUUGGACACGUAUGCAAACCAGAAUGGUCAUCAUAACCAUGGACAUCCUUACAUAUCAGCUAUGGUGAACAAUGGAACACUACAUUAUGAUCAUGACAGAGAUGGAACUCACACCGAGCUUGCAGGUUGUGAUGCAAAAUUUCGAAAUUCUGACCAUGACACACACAUAUCUGUCAGAUAUGAAAAGGAUGUAUUGACCGUAUCUACAGACAUAGAAGGGAAAAAUGCUUGGCGAGAAUGUUUUUCUGUGAAAGGUGUGCGUUUGCCUACAGGCUACUACUUUGGUGCAUCUGCUACUACUGGCGAUCUUUCCGAUAAUCAUGAUAUCAUUUCUAUACGGUUAUUUGAAUUAGAAGUACCUGAUGAAAAGGAAGAAGAUCGAUCAAAAAUUGCACCUGAAGCUGCUUUUUUUGCGCCUCCAAGAGAUCAUGUAGAUGAUCCUCCACCUCCUAUGUCUGGGACAAAGUUAUUUCUGAUAAUUGUAUGUGCUCUCCUAGGACUUUGUGUCUGCAUCAUUGGUGGUGUGAUGGUCUUCCAGCGAAGCCAAGACAGCACAAGAAAAAGGCUUUAUUAAUAACUGAGUAAUUUAAUAUUAUUUAAGAAAAUUGCCAAGUGUUUUUCAUUAUGAGGAAUGACUUUAAUAAAUUUUUGACUUGUAUAUUUGUUCAAAUAUGAGAAUGUAUGUAUUUCUGUAAAUGAACUUUUCUUGAUAUUUGAAUAAAAAAUACACUUUUCCAAGA